AUGCCAUUUUGUCAAAAAAAUUUUAAUUUGAGUGUUCGAUCCAAGAGAAGGCGGGUAACAGAAGAAUUAAAAAAUAAUGUUCCAAUAAAUUUGGUUGACCCUGUUUUGUCAACAUCUAGUACAUCGGAAAAUGUCACUACCACUUCACAUUUUAAUUCUAAUUUAGACAAUAUAUUUUUUUUACCAUCCAACCAACCAACCCAAAAUUCCAGUAAUCAAUUAAAUGCUAGUCAUAGUCGUCAUGAUUUAAAUGAUAGUCAAAUCAUACCAAAUAACUUAAACAUACAUCGUUCUGAAAAACAUGAUAACUCUCAUUUAAUUGAUGAAAAUAUAGAUUUUGAACCCUCAGACCCAUCUCAGACGCUAUCUGAUGAUAUUAAAUGUUUAAUUAGAAAAUGGACCAUAGAAUUUAAUAUACCUCAAAUUGCCCUAAAUAAGUUAUUGAGGAUUUUAAAAAGACAUAAAUGUUUUGAUUCCUUUCCUCUUGACUCUAGAACUUUGAUGCAAAAUAAUAAUAAACAUUUGGGUAUUUCUAAAUUAAAAAUUAUAGAACCAGGUUCUUACUACCAUUUUGGUAUUGAAAACGGUAUAAAAUUAAAUAUGGUUGAUAAUGUUAGAAAUGUAUCUGUUAUUGAAAUUGCUGUAGGGAUUGACGGUUUACCUUUAUACAAAUCGAGCUCUGACCAAUUUUGGCCAAUUCUUGCCUAUAUUCGUCCAAAUGGUCAUGUUUUUCCGAUAGGAAUCUAUCAUGGAAAAUAUAAACCAUCAGAUAGCAACAAAUUUAUUUUGGAUUUUAUUGAAGAAGCUAAAUUAUUAAUGCAAAAUGGUGUUAGAAUAAACGGCAAAAUGUACGAUUUCCAUGUUAGUGUAUUAUGUUGUGAUGCCCCUGCAAAAUCUUAUGUUUUAAGGACUAAAGGACAUUCUGGGUUUUCUUCAUGCUCCAGGUGUGAACAUGAAGGAGAAUACAUUCAAAAUAGAGUUUGUUUUCCAUACUUAAAACCAGAAAGAUGUCCCCCUAAACGCACUCAUCAAAAUUAUAUAACACGCUUAAAUGAGGAUCAUCAUAUAAUAAAUAAUUCAAUAAUUGCUACAUUACCUAACUUUGAUGUUGUUUAUGGGUUUUCUAUGGAUUAUCUCCAUUUAGUUUGUUUAGGUACAGUCCGUAAACUAAUUAAUUUAUGGAUCAAAGGCCCAAUGAAAGUGCGUUAUCCUUCAUGGAAGAUUAAUAAGUAUCAAUCAAAUAAUAGUCAAACAAACUUUAAUAUAACAUCAGAACUCAUUGAGUUUCAAUCUGCCUCUAUAGACAAUAUAGUAGUAGUUGCUGAUAAUACCGAUGAUAGUCACAAUGUUGAAGGCACAGUUAAUAACAUUAUUAGAACGACGGCUUCACCUUUUAAAGUGACAAAUGUCAAUGAUACAACGACAACAGAAAUAACUGAACCGUAUAUUCCACUGUCAUUGACACCAGCUGGUUCGCAAUCUUUCACAAGUGAUUCAUUAAUUGACAAAGUAAACAAAAUUAAUCGUACAACCUUAAACACAUGGUAUGAAAUAAAAUCAAUGAAUGAAAAAAUCGAAAAAUUGGAGACAAAUUUAUUUAUAACUAGCUGA